CUAAAUUAAUUUAUACUGUUAAAUGUGGUAGCAGAUAUUGCUGGUAAGAAGUGAAAUGUUUUGCAUUUUCAGGAUUAAGUAACAUUCAAGAUCUUUAUGUUCCACUAAUUAUUUAAAAUCAUUAUUUGAAUCCUUCAAGCUGAAAUUAUGAACACUUGCUCUGAAAAAUUUGCAUGCAUAACCUUAUAUUGUAUUACUAUUUUUUUUUAAUGCUCAUGGGACUCGAUUAAUCAGCUACUGGAUACUUUAAAAUCAAUUGUCUAGAUAUCACAGUUACUUCCAUCAAUAUUAAUGACAUAUUUAUCAAGGCAUGACUUCUGUACCUGUAAACUAAGACUAGAAAUUUUGUUUACAUCCAAACUUAUCUGGGAAAUGAUAUUAACAUUUUAUAUUAGUCUAAAGUUACAAAUAGAAAUGUUAUGAGCUAAAAUUUUAAAUGUAAAACUUUUGUUGACAUUUAUUUUUGCUUAAGUUAAUAAAUCAAAUGGGUUGUGCUGCAUAUAGAAAUGUGUUUGUUUUGAUGAGUGUUGUUUACAUGCUGUUAACCCCAGUCAUGGACGCCUGUCUGGUCUAUGGACAUGAACAUGCACAGUGCAUUGGCAUAGUUUUGUGUGGAUCAGUGCAGGAUACUUUGUUUCCCAUUUCCAGAGCCAGUGCUGUGUACAACACCUGAUUUCUUUUUGGCACAAACACAACGGACAGCCGGCGGCUGAGUGAAGAUAUUUACUGAAUCUGAAAAAGACUGCCUUGGAUUAGAAUGUCUUUCAUCUGGAGAUUCCUUGGAUUUGGAGUUUUAGGAGAAGAAUGGAGAAGCAUAUCAUGGGGUGACAAACGGAGAGACCUUCAGUAUGUGAAUGAUUAUCAUCCUCCUAAAGAGGUCCAACAUCUCAGAAUUCUGCUUCAUGGACCACCAGGUGCUGGCAAGUCCAGCUUCAUCAACUCUGUGGACACUGCGUUACGAGGCAGAGUGGCAACUCGAGCUCUGGCAGAAGUUAAUUCUGAUGGGAGCUUCACCAAAAGAUACAGGACUUAUAAAAUCCAGAAAGGGAAACCAGGGAACUUUUACCCUUUUGUCUUCAAUGACACUAUGGGUCUGGAGAAGGGCUCUAAUAGAGGAGUUGAUGUGGACGACAUCAAACUGGUCAUGAAAGGACAUGUAAAAGAAGGUUACAAGUUCGACCCCACCUCCAGGUUGUCUGAGAGUGACCCAGGCUACAACAAAUCCCCUACUGUAGAAGAUCAAGUUCACAUUCUGGUUUGUGUUGUUUCUGCCUCUACACUGAGCAUACUGGAUACAAACACUGUGAACAAGAUAAAGGAGGUCAGAGAAGCAGCCAGUGACAAAGCGCUGGCAGGGAUUCCCCAAACUGCUGUUAUCACUAAAAUUGAUGAAGAAUUCCCUGAGAUCAAAAAGGAUAUCAAGAAUGUCUACAAGAGCAUCCGCUUGAAGGAACAUGCGGAGAAACUGAGUGCAUUGCUGGGUAUCCCACUGAACUGCAUCUUUGCGGUGAAGAACUACAGCUCAGAAAUUGAGACAGAUGAUGACACCGAUACACUGAUACUGAGCGCACUGAGAAAGAUCCUUGACUAUGGAGGGGAUUACCUGAAUGACAUAACAUCUAAAACUACUGAGGCACAUGUCGACAUGCAAACGUUUCCAUGAUGACAGAAACUUCAAAGAUGAAACCAUUUUAUGAAGAAACAUUAAACAUUGGGGACAUGUAUUUGUAAUUGCAGUCAGUUACUUUUAAGGGACUUUCUGUGUUGUUUUUACUUUGCUAUAAUCAGAACAGCUUAUUUCAUCAGACUUUUGAAUGCAAUACUUUGCUGUUUUUAUUUUCUCUAUUUCACAAAUCUGAUUUUUUUUGCAAUAAUGUACAAAUUAAAUACAAAUAACAUGCAUUUUAUUAAUCAAAAGUUUGAAUAAUAUGUCGGUAACAAAGUACAGGCUAGAUAUCACAUUUGUGUUGUUUAUUGUAUUGCUGAAUGUGUCCACUGUAGUAUAAAUCACUGAAAUCAAGUGUCUGAGUAAAAACGCUUAAUCAUUGUAAAAUCAUCUAAAAAACACUACUGCAACUUUAGAUUUAAGAGACAGUAUUCAUCUGCUAUUGAGGAUUAGAAGUCACUGGGAUGUCUCAGUUGUUUGGUUCAUUAGACAGACUAUAAUGUUAAGGAGACACAUUUCGGUGUUAUGCAUGUAUGGUGGGAGUGGGACGGUUGAACUGACACCAUGACUUUAAUAAAUAUAUUCAUUUCAGGCAA